AUGGCGGCUCCCACUGAGACACAGCGCAUGGGAUCGGCCAUAUUGCCUCCUGAACAAAGCCGCCCAGGGUGCGGAGUGGGCAAAGCUGCCCGGUACCGAACAGCGCAGGCCCGGGAGCCCAGUGCUUUGCUCACCCAGACAGGAAGCGGGAGAGUUCGCCGCUAUGGAUAUCUGAUAACGGAACUGCAGGUCAGAAGGCGGACAUGUGUGGUGAUGAGUGAGUCUUUUGGAUUGGUAAUGGAACGGGAGGGGUCCGUGAGUGUCAGUGAUUGGAGACUGAUGAAGUCACUGGUGGGGAAGAAAUGGUGUGUAGGGGAACUGACUGGUGAUGGCUGGGUCAGGGAUUUAGGGGACUCUGAGGAAUCAGUGAUUGGUGAGGGAGGCUGUGGACUAAAUGAUGAGGGCAUCCAUGUGGCAGUCAGUGAUGUGGUGGGCAUGGGGCAGAUCUGUGGGAUCUAUUUUGACAAAGCCUGGAAUACCCCAUAUAAAACAGUCUGUCUAUCAUGGGAGCACCCACUUCCUCUGAACCGGUUAAGUCUUACCUACCUGACUCCUUCUGGGACUGAGAAGGAUUUCCCAGUCAUCUACCUUUUUAGAAGAGAACAGAAAAUGAUGAAGUCCCAGAUUAACAGGAAUAUACUGUUACAGGGGUUAGUAUCAUUCAAGGAUGUGGCUGUGGAUUUCACCCAGGAGGAGUGGCAGCAACUGGACCCUGCUCAGAAGACCCUGUACAGGGAUGUGAUGCUGGAGAACUACAGCCACCUGGUCUCAAUGGGGCAUCCAGUUUCCAAACCAGAUGUCAUCUCCAAGUUGGAACAAGGAGAAGAUCCAUGGAUCAUAAAGAGAGACAUAUCAAAUUGGAUCUAUCCAUAUGAAGAUCAGGCAGAUGGGCGACAAGGGAAGAAAAGUAACCUUGACAACACCCAAUCAUGUAUUUUGGGGUCUGUUUCCUUCCAUAAUAAGAUACUGAAAGGAGUCACAAAGGAUGGUUCAUUUUACUCCAUAUUAAAAGUCUGUCAAGGUGAUGGCCACCUGCAGAGAUGUCAGAAAAACAGACUUUUCAGGCAAGUAACAGUCAUCAACAACAAAACAAUGACUGUGGAGUCAGUCGACAAAUAUAAUGCAUUGGGGAAAAUAUUUCAAGAAUGCAUAGGGUCAGAUACUUCAAGACAAAGACCCCAUAACUGUGAUGCAUUUAAAAAUGACUUGAAAUCUAGUAUUGACCUACCUAGUUGUAAUAAGAGCAAUUCAGGAAAAAACCCUGAUGAGAGUUUUGGAUGUGGAAAAUCAUCCAUCCAUGGUGUGUCCAAUCCUGAUCUUGAGAAAAUUCACAAUCGAGUAAUUCCCUGUGAUGAUAAUGAGUGUGGAAACAUUUUAAGCAAGAAACAAUCCCUUAUUCAGUAUCAGAAUAUUGAAACUAAGGAGAAAACCUGUGUAUGUGUUACAUGUGGAAAAGCCUUUGCUAAGAAGUCACAGCUCAUUGUACAUCAACGAAUUCAUACUGGGAAGAAACCAUACAAUUGUGGUGCAUGUGGGAAAGCUUUCAGUGAGAAGUUUCACCUCAUUGUACAUCAAAGAAUUCAUACUGGGGAGAAACCUUAUGAAUGUUCUGAAUGUGGAAAAGCCUUCUCUCAAAAAUCAUCCCUCAUUAUACAUCAAAGAGUUCAUACUGGGGAAAAGCCAUAUGAAUGUAGUGACUGUGGGAAAGCCUUCUCCCAGAAAUCACCCCUCAUUAUACAUCAGAGAAUUCACACUGGAGAGAAACCUUAUGAAUGUAGAGAGUGUGGUAAGGCCUUCUCUCAGAAGUCACAGCUGAUUAUACAUCAUAGAGCUCAUACUGGAGAGAAGCCCUAUGAGUGUACUGAAUGUGGGAAAGCCUUCUGUGAGAAGUCCCACCUCAUCAUACAUAAAAGGAUUCACACUGGAGAGAAACCCUACAAAUGUGCUCAGUGUGAGGACGCCUUCAGUAGAAAGUCAGAACUCAUUAUACAUCAGAUAAUUCAUACUGGGGAGAAACCUUACGAAUGUACUGCAUGUGGGAAGACUUUCUCCCGGAAGUCACAGCUCAUUAUACAUCAGAGAACGCAUACUGGAGAAAAGCCCUAUAAAUGCAGUGAAUGUGGAAAAGCCUUCUGUCAGAAAUCACAUCUCAUUGGACAUCAGAGGAUUCACACAGGAGAAAAACCUUAUGUUUGUACUGAAUGUGGGAAAGCCUUCUCUCAAAAGUCUCACCUCCCAGGACAUCAGCGGAUACAUACAGGAGAGAAACCUUAUGUAUGUGCUGAAUGUGGAAAGGCAUUUUCUCAGAAGUCAGACCUUGUUUUACAUCAGAGAAUUCAUACUGGGGAAAGACCUUAUCAGUGUGCUGUAUGUGGGAAAGCCUUCAUCCAGAAAUCACAACUCACUGUACAUCAGAGAAUUCACAGCAGUGGUAAAAUCAUAAUGAACUAA